AUAGGGCAUUUUUGUAAAACGAUGAAAUACGCCGUACUAGAAAGGAAAAUGUCGAGUUGAGUUGUCAAAAAGUUGGCAUUUUUUCCAUCUGUUAUUGGUGUAGCGAGCUAUUUUCAUUAGUUAACGACGAUUAAUUUAUAACUACGAAUACAAACCUGGAAGUACGAGUUGGGUCUAGUUAUGUGAUGACAUAAUUGUGUAAUAAGAAGUGUUGUUAUUCCCGCGAUCUGAACUGGACAUGGACAACGACGCGGAGUCCCCCGCAGCGGCGGCGCCGCUUCCGGAGAUGGAGGGCUACAAAGAGAGUGAAACAGACUAUUCCAGCAUCAGGGGAAAGAUGGUGCUGGUGAGUCCAUCGGCAGAUGAGUACGACCUGCUGCGGAAGCAGCUGAUGGAGAGGCUUGAGGCAGGCAAUGGAGAAAUCAUAUAUGACAUAGGACAAGGAGAGGACGGACGAGGUCUCACAGAGGACGAGUACAGCGCAUCCGUGGCCACACUACAGUCGCUGGUCAGCGGGUCCCGCGUGUCCUGCGUGGAGCUGCGGCGCUGGGACUGCGGCGGCGGCGACGAGCGCGGCCUGCUCACCGGGCAGUACCUGCUGCGGGCCGAGCGCGACCACAGCGACUUCAUGGAGAUCAGAGUGGCAGUAGUAGGCAACGUAGAUGCCGGCAAAUCCACACUCCUUGGCGUACUGACCCACGGCGAACUGGACAACGGGAGAGGAUACGCGCGACAACGGCUGUUCAGGCACAAGCAUGAAGUGGAGAGCGGGCGGACCAGUUCGGUGGGCAAUGAUAUCCUCGGCUUCGACAGUAUGGGCAACGUUGUGAACAAACCAGAUCAUGGAACGCUAGACUGGGUCAAGAUCUGCGAGAAGUCUUCCAAGGUCAUCACGUUCAUCGACCUAGCGGGCCACGAGCGCUACCUCAAGACCACAGUGUUCGGUAUGACGGGCCACGCGCCGGACUUCGGCAUGCUCAUGAUAGGGGCGAACGCAGGAAUAGUGGGCAUGACCAAGGAGCACCUGGGGCUGGCGCUGGCGCUCUCCGUGCCCGUGUUCGUGGUGGUCACCAAAAUAGACAUGUGCCCGCCUAACAUCCUACAGGAUAACCUAAAGCUGCUAAUCAGGAUACUGAAGUCGUCCGGCUGCCGCAAGGUGCCCGUGAUGGUGAAGACGAAGGAUGACGUCAUCGUUAGCGCUACCAACUUCGUCUCGCAGAGGCUAUGCCCAAUCUUCCUUGUGUCGAACGUGAGCGGUGAGAACCUGGAACUGCUGACGAUGUUCCUGAACCUGCUGAAGACGCGGAUGCCGUCCAGCGACGACCAGCCCGCCGAGUUCCAGAUCGACGACACUUAUUCCGUACCGGGCGUGGGCACCGUGGUGUCGGGCACGACGCUGGCCGGCGUGAUCCGGCUGAACGACACGCUGCUGCUGGGCCCCGACCCGCUGGGCCGCUUCACGCCCAUCACCGUCAAGUCCAUCCAUCGCAAGCGCAUGCAGGUGUCCGAGGUGCGCGGCGGCCAGACCGCCUCCUUCGCUCUCAAGAAGAUCAAGCGCUCGCAGAUACGCAAGGGCAUGGUGAUGGUGUCCCCGGCGCUGGAGCCACAAGCCUGCUGGCAGUUCGAGGGCGAGAUCCUCGUCCUGCACCACCCCACCACCAUCAGUUCCCGCUACCAGGCCAUGGUGCACUGCGGCUCCAUCCGGCAGACCGCCUCCAUCCUCUCCAUGUCGCGCGACUGCCUGCGCACCGGCGACAAGGCGCUGGUGCGGUUCAGGUUCAUCAAGCACCCCGAGUACCUGAAGCGAGGGCAAAGGAUGGUGUUCCGCGAGGGCCGCACGAAGGCCGUGGGCAACGUGCUGCGGCCGGAGCCGGCGAGCGCGGCGCCGCGCCACAAGCCGCCGCCGCGCCACAAGCCGCGCGCGCCGCUCGCCGCGCCGCCCGACGCCAGGGACAACGUCACGGAAGCCGACGUGACGACCCCCGACUCGCCGUUCGAGGUGCAAGCCGACAAGCGCGGCGCGGGCGGCGGCGGCGGCGGCGGGCGGCGCGGCCGCAAGCGCCACGACAAGCCCGAGCCGCCCGCCGUCGCCGCCAACUGACUCCACGGACCUCCCGACUAAACGUCACCGGCUUCCCGGAUACGGACUUUCUACAACACUGGAAUCUGGGUGUUUCAGACAUAAAGCAAGCCGCCUCGCGUGGAAACCACCGUGCGAUGCCGCUCGGUCUGUGUAGACAUUUGGUCUGUGUUUGCCUCGGGCUAAACAGGUGUACAAUUUCUACAUAUAUCGAGUUAUUUUGCGCGGCAUAAUUACUGUUUACGAUACAUUUUUCUGAAAGCAGUGGUAGUUUUGAAUGAUGUUUCGAGUUAUCUGGUAAAAGUAUUUAUGAGACAUCAACCAAAUAACCGGAAAUAUCAUUGUUCGUAUCCUAUCUACCUUUAACAAAAAAAAAACGAUUUUGCAGUCUACACAGUGUUUUAGAAAGUCCGCUCCGAUUUCGCAGUGCUUCAAAAAUCCACACCUUUGAAGUCACUUCACACAACUGUCAUGUUAUAUUAAAAUUUUUAUAGAAAAAUAUUUUUCUAAUAGGUUCCUGGUAAAAACUGCUGGCGUAACUUUCGCAAAAUUCUAGGGAAUGGUUGUACUAAAAUUUAUUGACUAAUUUCUUUACAAAAAAAAACUAAGUACCAGAAUCCGCCUAAAUUUUCUAAUCAAUAUAAUCCGUAUAAAAUUAGAAGUGCAGCGUAUAAUCAAUGCUUGCUCACCAAUAGAAAUAUUAGAUUAGAAACAGCUUUCGGGUACAAAUAUUCCCUAGCUUUGGCCAACAAACUAUACUAUAGCAUUGCUAGAUUCUGUCUCCAGGCACUGUAAUACCAAAAGUACAAGGUACUUAGGAUCUAUUCACUAAGUUAGAUGUAAUAAUAAGACUGGAUCAUCCACACAUACAUAUGUACAGUCGCCAUCAGAUAUAUCGGAGCGGCGAAGGCGCUCACAAAUAUCUGAACACGCCUCUAUUGUCAAGGUGUUAGAGGGCGUGUUCAGAUAUUUAUGAACACCUUGGCCGCUUCGAUAUAUCUGAUGGCGACUGUACUAAAUAUAGCCUAGUAAGGUCCACCAUACAAUGAAAAUGAUUUGAAAACAAUACUGUAAGCAAUAUAGUUGAAUUUCUUUUAAAUAGAAUGAAACAAAGGAAAUGCAACUCUGUUCCAAUUGAAAAUGGUUUAAAGUACAUUGCAAUAAUUUGUACUAUGGGUAGGACCGUGGGCCUUACGGGGACAAAGCGAUCUUCUUGGCUAAUGUUGCAUUCACAUGAUGGUGGCAAAUGGAAUGGUUUCUCUGAAACUAUUUGUAUGAUAAGGGUGGAAUCACAUCUAUCAGCAUUGAGCAGGAUUUUGUAUAUGAGAAGUCGCUCGUUAGUAUGAAGAUGUUUUCAGAAUUCCAAUGCAUAUGGACCAUUUCUCACAUAUAAAAUGCAGCUUGAUGCUGAUAGAUGUGAUUCCACCCUAAUCCUUCUGUGUAUGCGUAGAUGUAUCCAGUCCAGUUGUGGUCUCAACAGAUUGUUCCAUAUUUUUGACAACUAUAAUUAUUGCUGUAAUAAUGGGUGUUUACAUUUAUCUGUCUUAGACUCUAAUCUGAAAUAAAUAUCUUUCAUUGUCUAGAGAGAAUUAAUCAUUGAACUAUAUAAUAUAAUGUUUAUUAUUAUAUAUGUGGCAGUAAAAAAAAACUAAUCUUACUAUAUGCCAGUAUGAAGAUACUUUGGUAUGUAAUUAUUACUUAUGUAUAUUUUAUGUUUGAUUUGAGUAGCAAAAGAAGUACAUUGAUUGUAUUUUAACUUGUUGUUCUUAGUUAACUUUUGUGACUAAAAAUAAUUGUCUUAUUAACAUGUUGAAGCAAUAAUGAUAAAUAUAGCAAGUGAUGUGAGCAGCUGAACUAUGAUGUUGUAUAUCAUAGUUUCAGAGUUUUUGUGUUGUGAUGUCUGGUAAGGGUAAUAGUGGACUUUUUUAGACAAUAGCUGGGUCCACACAGAGCGAGUAUACGCGCGAGGCAAAUUCCUCACGCACAAUACGGCCGAGGCAUGUCUACAAUGGCUGUAUUGUGCGUGAGGAAAUUGCAUUGCACAUAUGCUCGUUCUGUGUGGACCCGGCUAAUAGUAAUGAUGAUGACAAGCCAAUAUCUUGGCUGCUACAAACUAGCACUAUGCCUAAGGCACAUGAUAGUAAGUACAUUAGUUGUAUUAGUGAGGCUAGCUGCUCUACUCCAUAUCAUAAUUAUAUUCAGUAUUUGAUUGUUUGCAGUACCAUUAUAUGUGAUUUUUCUAGUUUAAGUGAGAGAAUAUUUUUAUUGAUUUGUUUUGAGUGAGGGAAAUUAAAAUAGCUCAAAACUA